AUGGACGGUGCUGCAAGAGGAGCGUCUGCAGGGAAGUUUUCAGUGACGAGCCUCCCGCGGGCGCAGUGGAGGCUGGCGGACGAGCGGUGUGAGCUUCGGGAGGAGGAGAUGGAAUAUGUGCGGCGGUUCCACCGCCAUGAGCCCAGGAGUAACCAGUGCACCUCCUUCGUUGCCAAGCACAUUAGAGCGCCCCUCCAAACGGUUUGGUCAGUGCUGAGGAGGUUUGACCAGCCACAACUUUUCAAACCAUUUGUGAAAAAGUGUGUAAUGCGAGGAAGCAUUGAGGUGGGAAGUGUGAGGGAGGUCACCGUUCAAAGUGGGCUUCCUGCCACAAGGAGCAUCGAGAGGUUAGAUUUGCUUGAUGACAAUGAACACAUCCUCCAUGUCAGGUUUAUUGGGGGCGAUCAUAUGCUAAAGAAUUACUCAUCUAUACUGACCGUCCACUCUGAGGUCAUCGGUGGUCAGCCAGGGGCAUUGGUGAUCGAGACAUUUGUGGUGGAUAUUCCACAGGGAAACACCAAAGAUGACAUCUGCUAUUUUAUCGAGAACUUGCUCAAAUGUAACCUUAGGACCCUUGCUGAUGUGUCCGAGGAGUGCCAUGCUAGCCGUUGA